GUGAGGGGGAAAUCACGUCAGUCCGGUUUAUAUACGGUCUUCUCAGGGCUUGCUCCUGUCGCUCAAUGCCUGGUCAGCUAUGAGUUAGGUUUUCGCCUUACCGAAGCGGGGUGACCAAGAGCAAGCACCUCCGUAAAGACGGGCGGUCGCCGUGGUCACUCAGAGCAACAAGCUUUGCUGGCUUAACUGAAGCAUACGCUAUUUUGCUUCCUGGGAAAUGUAGUACCUGAGCUGUCCUCGUCUCUUCAUUGCCGGUGUCCGCGGCGGCCGGAAGACUACAAUGCCCAGCAUGCUCAGCGCAGGAAAGGAUGACCCGGGUCAGCAGCUCCACGUGACUACUCACUAUGGCUUCCCUGUGCCCGGGCCAGCUGUCUGGUGGUUCGGCGUGAUUUAUUAGUUCUUUGCGGCAGGGUACCACUCUUACGAUUCCGACAUGCAAAAAAUCAAAUCUCUUAUGACCCGACAGGGUCUGAAAAGCCCUCCGGAAAGCCUUAGUGAUCUUGGUGCCAUUGAGAGUCUCCGGGUCCCUGGAAAGGAGGAAUUCCGAGAACUUCGAGACCAGCCUAGUGACCCUCAAGCUGAACAAGAGCUAAUUAAUAGUAUUGAACAAGUAUAUUUUUCAACGGACUCAUUUGAUAUUGUUAAAUAUGAGCUGGAGAAACUCCCUCCUGUUCUCAAUUUGCAAGAAUUAGAGGAGUACAGAGACAAAUUGAAACAACAGCAAGCUGCAGUCUCUAAAAAAGUAGCAGAUUUAAUCCUUGAAAAACAGCCUGCUUAUGUAAAGGAACUUGAAAGAGUUACCUCAUUACAGACGGGUCUUCAGUUAGCUGCUGUUAUCUGCACAAAUGGGAGGAGACACUUGAAUAUUGCCAAGGAAGGUUUUACUCAAGCUAGUUUAGGCCUUCUUGCAAAUCAAAGGAAACGUCAGUUGCUGAUUGGACUUCUGAAAUCUCUGAGAACUAUAAAAACAUUGCAAAGAACAGAUGUGCGCUUAAGUGAAAUGCUGGAGGAGGAAGACUAUCCAGGAGCUAUUCAGUUGUGCCUGGAAUGUCAGAAAGCCGCCAGCACUUUUAAACAUUACAGUUGCAUAAGUGAAUUGAAUUCAAAGCUUCAAGAUACUUUAGAACAAAUUGAGGAACAGUUGGAUGUAGCUCUUUCUAAAAUUUGCAAGAAUUUUGACAUAAACCAUUAUACCAAGGUUCAGCAGGCUUAUCGACUUCUUGGAAAAACACAGACAGCAAUGGAUCAACUUCACAUGCACUUCACUCAAGCCAUUCAUAAUACUGUGUUUCAAGUUGUUCUUGGUUAUGUGGAACUAUGUUCAGGAAACACAGAUACAAAAUUCCAAAAGCUGCAAUAUAAGGAUCUCUGUACACAUGUUACACCAGACAGCUAUAUUCCAUGCCUUGCUGACCUGUGCAAAGCACUGUGGGAAGUUAUGCUCAGCUAUUACAGGACUAUGGAAUGGCAUGAAAAACAUGACAAUGAGGAUACUACUUCUGCUUCUGAAGGGAGUAAUAUGGGUACUGAAGAAACUGAUUUUGAUCGUGGCUACAUAAAAAAGAAAUUAGAACACGGACUUACACGAAUAUGGCAGGAUGUUCAGCUAAAAGUAAAAACCUACUUGCUUGGAACAGAUUUGUCUAUAUUUAAAUAUGAUGAUUUCAUCUUUGUUUUGGAUAUAAUCAGCAGGUUAAUGCAAGUUGGAGAAGAAUUUUGUGGUAGCAAAUCUGAAGUUUUGCAAGAGUCCAUUAGAAAACAGAGUGUCAACUAUUUUAAGAACUACCAUAGAACACGGCUUGAUGAACUGAGAAUGUUUCUAGAGAAUGAGACAUGGGAGCUUUGUCCUGUGAAGUCAAAUUUCAGCAUCUUGCAACUUCAUGAAUUUAAAUUCAUGGAACAGUCUCGUUCCCCAUCAGUUUCACCUAGUAAGCAGCCAGCCUCAACAUCCUCAAAAACAGUGACCUUGUUUGAGCAGUACUGUAGUGAUGGGAAUCCAUUUGAAAUCCAGGCCAACCGCAAAGAUGAAGAAACAGAAGAUGUCCUGGCUUCUAAUGGGUAUGAAUCUGAUGAACAAGAAAAAAGUGCCUAUCAGGAGUAUGACAGUGACAGUGAUGUUCCUGAGGAACUGAAACGAGAUUAUGUGGAUGAGCAAACAGGUGAUGCGCCUGUGAAAAGCGUUUCUAGAGAAACUCUAAAAAGCAGGAAGAAGUCAGAUUAUAGUCUAAAUAAAGUGAAUGCACCCAUCUUAACAAAUACAACAUUGAAUGUAAUAAGACUUGUUGGUAAAUAUAUGCAGAUGAUGAACAUUCUUAAGCCGAUUGCCUUUGAUGUUAUCCAUUUCAUGUCUCAGCUAUUUGAUUACUACUUGUAUGCAAUAUAUACCUUUUUUGGUCGGAAUGAUUCACUGGAAUCAACAGGACUAGGCCUUAGUAGUAGUAGACUAAGAACAACUCUUAACAGAAUACAAGAAAGCCUUAUUGAUAUGGAAGUUUCAGCUGAUCCAACUGCCACCCUCACAGCAGCAGAAGAGAGAAAGGAGAAGGUACCAAGUCCACACCUCAGUCACCUAGUGGUUUUGACAUCUGGGGAUACAUUAUAUGGGCUGGCGGAAAGAGUGGUAGCCACAGAAUCCUUGGUAUUCUUGGCUGAACAGUUUGAGUUCCUUCAGCCCCAUCUGGAUGCCGUGAUGCCCGCAGUCAAAAAGCCCUUUCUUCAGCAGUUUUAUUCUCAGACAGUCUCAACUGCCAGUGAACUACGCAAACCAAUUUAUUGGAUUGUAGCCGGUAAAGCUAUUGAUUAUGAACAGAUGCUUCUCCUAAUGGCCAAUGUGAAGUGGGACGUAAAAGAAAUUAUGUCACAGCACAACAUCUAUGUAGAUGCACUGCUAAAGGCAAGUACACAGAAAUACCUUUGGCCCCAACACAGCCCAGUCCUUCUGACACAAGGCUCCUGUGCUCUUUUCCCUAGAAUCCUCUCGUUUCUGAAGAAUCUGUCCAGAUAUGGGUUAAAGAAGAGUUUAAGUACCUACAGGUUUCUUUUUCCAUCCCAUCAUUUCUGGUUUUUUAUUAUUGUGUAUCUUAGAUAUGCCAACGUCAAGAAGUGUAGUAAUGAGGGUCGUGCCUUAAUGCAAUUGGAUUUUCAACAGUUUUUAAUGAAACUUGAAAAACUAACAGAUAUUAGACCCAUUCCUGAUAAAGAAUUUGUGGAAACCUAUAUUAAAGCCUACUAUCUAACCGAGAAUGACAUGGAACGCUGGAUCAAAGAGCACAGGGAGUAUUCAACGAAGCAGCUGACCAAUCUGGUAAAUGUUUGCCUGGGAUCCCAUAUCAAUAAGAAAGCAAGACAAAAACUUCUAGCUGCUAUAGAUGAUAUAGAUAGACCCAAAAGAUAAUGAACACAUUCUUUUUUCUCAAUGGCAUUGAUCUUCUCUCAACAUAUAUGACAUGAAAGCCAAUUUUUCAUGCACUCCUGACUAUUGUCUGCUAAGAAAUCUUUGUGCAUGUUCUUUCCAACUGGAAAGUGGAAAACACUGAAGUUCGUGUGGUGUUCUCAAAUGACUUUUAUAUGCUCUGAUCCUUCUCUUCAACUUUUAGUCUCAUUUGUUGUAUUCUUUUUCUGAAAUGAUAUCAUUGCCUUGUCAUAAGUAUUGUUAUGUGACUACAGUUAUACAUUUUACUGAAGAAUGCACUGUAAGUAUAUAAUUAGAAGGAACAGUGAUAAUGCAUCCAUGGGCAGUUUUUGGAGAAUGAAUUUAUGUUGGUAUUUUUUUUACCCUCUCUACUUGGUUCUUAAUACAUAAGUGAGAGGGUUUUGUACAGUAUCUCCUAAUUAUGAGCACUGCAUGAGAAUUGAAAAGUACAUGUAAGCAAAAUAGCUGAAAAAUCAGUAUGUUCUCUGUGUUUUUAAAUGUCAGAGUUUAUGUCGGGGUUAAUUUGGUUGUAACAGUGAUCAUAAAUGAUGAAAUUGAAUAAAUAUUAUACUCUACCACGGUCCGCCUAUGUAAGACUAAAUUUUGAUAUUGUUCCACGGCAGGCAGAAUUUAUGAAACUGUAACAGAACUUUUCAGUGUGUUCUAACAAUUUUAAUGAUAUUACAUCCUGGUACCAGUGGUGAAAAGUAAUUUCAUUGGAUGUACCUUUUCAGAGCCUGAGUAGCACCCCGAAUAGUGAUUAUGGGAUUUUUUUUUUUCUUUUCUUUUUCUUUUUUUUUUUUUUAAUAUGGGAUAUUUUUUCACAUAAGCUUUGUUCUCUGAAUUCUGCUUCUGUCUUAAGACAGGAAAACCUGGCUUAGCUGAGUUAGGGGAAGAACUGUUAGUAGUCAAGCAUAAGUUUAUGGUCAUAUGUUCACCUUUCUUAGAGAUCUGCUUUGUAUCACAGAUGUAAAAUAAUGUGAUCUAGCUAGGGGUAAACUUUGGAACUCAGUCUUUAGUAACUGUGUACUUUGCUUUGAAACCAGAGAUCUUCUGUCAACAUAUACGACAUAAAAAUCAGUUUCCCAUUCA